GUCUUUUAACUGAAUGUGUGAGAAUUGGAGUCCACCUAUCUAAAAAAAUAAAUAAAUAAAAUAAUAAGGAUUACGACCGCGCAGGUGGCCGGUAGCAGGAUGAAAUCAGCGUAGAGCACUGCUAUGGAAUCACCCUGCCUCCGCGUCCGACGGAAUCGCAGUGAGAGAUACCCGAGAUGCGCUGCGAACUGCUCGACGCGUUAGUCUUCGAGCGCGUAUGCGAAGCGGCGAAGCCCCGCUGGAGGAGACGAUCUGCGCAGCUUUAAUCGCGCUGCUGGGAUGAGAUUUCUGCAACCAAAUCUGGAGUAAGACACGGAAAGCGAUCGCGCCCGGUGAGCGCGCCAAUCAUUUGAGAAACACGCGUGUGACUCAGGCGACCUGCCCUCCUGUCUGAACUCCGAUCGGAGCCGCCUUCGUUCCCCCGCUCCUCGCUGUGCUUCUGGGUUUUAUCAAAAGCGGCCAGCGAGUCGCGACCAUCGCGGAGCGAGACCCGCACCUGAUCAAGCGCAGCCCAGUGUAAGUUGGCUGUAGCGGAGAGAACAGCACGCAGUUCAGUGGGUCAGUGAAGACACGAUACCUUUCAUGUUUUUCUUCGGAAAAGAUACGGGAUGCUUUUCAAUGAAGGUCAACUUGUAGCAGCAUUAUUUUCAUCCAUCUGAGCGAGUAUUUGCUGCUUAUUUUCAUAUUUGCAGCGUCUAUGUCAAGCUUUGUUAUGUUACCAGCGCGGCGCUGGGUUCAGUGAUUCCCAAAGCCGAAGCGUGGAGUAUAGUACUUUCUUGUAUUGCUCGGGAGGAUAUCUCCCCGAACGUAUACAUUUUUUCGACAGACAGUAACAUACUGUUUCGUUUUUUCCCCUUCAAUAGACAGUCUGCUCGUCUUGACAUGGUUCUCAAAGCAACAAGCAUCACCGUACGCUGCGAUGCCGAGCAGCAGCGCGCGCAUUUUCGGUGACUAAUGCAAUGCUUAUCGGAGUUAAUGUUUGUUUCUGCUCGUUUGAUUCAUCGCGUUCUUCCGCUAAAAUAAUGGGCUUGAUUUUAAUGACUUCGGACCUGGUCACUUCGUUUAUAUGUUAAUCAGGCGCACCGCGUCUCUCUUCUCUUUCCCGAGUCCGCGGUAGUGUUGGAGGACCAUGGCACGCUACGAUCUGAACCCCUACUUUCUGUGGAGAGUGUUUUGGGUAACGAAGGUUCUCGGGGAAUUGGCACUUUCGCAGGAGAUCUAUGCCCCUCAUUCUAUCCGAGUUGAAGGGGAUUUGACUUUGGGUGGCCUUUUCCCCGUGCACGCCCGCGGGCCCCCGGGAAUUCCGUGCGGGGAUAUCAAAAAGGAAAACGGGAUCCACCGGCUGGAGGCUAUGAUGUACGCUCUCGACCAAAUUAACAGCGACGACGAGCUUUUGCCCAAUAUCACUUUAGGUGCGCGAAUCCUGGAUACGUGCUCGAGGGACACACACGCGCUGGAGCAGUCCCUGACUUUCGUCCAGGCUUUGAUACAGAAAGACACCUCGGAUGUGAGGUGCACCAACGGAGACCCGCCUGUGUUUGUCAAACCGGAGAAAGUGGUCGGAGUCAUCGGGGCCUCGGCAAGUUCGGUGUCCAUCAUGGUAGCGAAUAUUUUGCGACUCUUUCAAAUCCCUCAGAUCAGCUACGCUUCAACGGCCCCGGAGCUGAGCGAUGACCGCCGCUAUGACUUCUUCUCGCGGGUGGUGCCGCCGGACUCCUUCCAGGCACAGGCCAUGGUGGACGUGGUGAAAGCCAUGGGCUGGAGCUACGUGUCCACGCUGGCGUCCGAGGGCAGCUACGGGGAGAAGGGCGUGGAGGCCUUCAUGCAGAUCUCCCGCGAUGCAGGUGGCAUCUGCAUUGCCCAGUCCCUGAAGAUCCCAAACGAGCGCAAGCAGGAGGACUUCGACAAGAUCAUCCGGCAGCUGCUGGACACCCGACACGCCCGUGCGGUGGUCAUCUUCGCCAGCGACGAGGACAUCCGGGGGGUCCUGAAUGCCACUAAAAGAGCCAGCAAGGUGGGCCACUUCCUGUGGAUCGGAUCAGACAGCUGGGGGGCCAAACAGAGCCCCAUUCAUCAGCUGGAGGAGGCUGCUGUUGGCGCGGUAACCAUCCUGCCCAAAAGAGCCACCAUCGAAGGGUUCGAUGCGUACUUCACGUCCCGCACACUGGAGAAUAACCGCAGGAACGUCUGGUUUGCCGAGUUCUGGGAGGAGAAUUUCAACUGCAAACUCAUGAGCUCUUCCAAGAAGGAGGACACCAGCAGAAAGUGCACAGGUCAGGAGCGAAUCGGCAUCGACUCGAAGUACGAGCAGGAGGGGAAGGUGCAGUUUGUGAUCGACGCGGUCUACGCCCUCGCCCACGCUCUGCACAACAUGCAUAAGGACCUGUGCCCAGAACGUUCCGGAGUCUGCCCCGAGAUGGAGCUCGCCGGGGGCAAGAAGCUGCUGAAGUACAUCCGCACUGUCAGCUUCAACGGUAGUGCAGGUACGUCUGUGACGUUUAACCGGAACGGAGAUGCCCCCGGUCGCUACGACCUGUUCCAGUACCAGAUGAACAACAGCAGCACUCCAGGGUACAGGCUGAUCGGCCAGUGGAUGGAGAUGCUGCAGCUCAACGUGGAGGAGAUGCAGUGGCCGGAUGGGGAGCAGGACAUCCCGCAGUCCGUGUGCAGCCUGCCCUGCAAGCCGGGCGAGAGGAAGAAGAUGGUGAAGGGCAUGCCCUGCUGCUGGCUCUGCGAGCCCUGCGACGGCUACCAGUACCAGUACGACGACACGUCCUGCAAGCUGUGCUCCUACGACAUGCGGCCCAACGCCAACCGCACCGGCUGCCAGCCCAUCCCCAUCGUGAGGCUGGAGUGGCACUCGCCCUGGGCCGUCAUCCCCGUCUUCCUGGCCAUGCUGGGCAUCAUCGCCACCAUCUUCGUCAUGGCGACCUUCAUCCGCUACAACGACACGCCGAUCGUGCGGGCGUCCGGCCGCGAGCUCAGCUACGUGCUGCUGACCGGCAUCUUCCUGUGCUACAUCAUCACCUUCCUGAUGAUCGCCGCCCCGGACGUGGCCGUCUGCUCCUUCCGCCGCAUCUUCCUGGGCCUGGGCAUGUGCAUCAGCUACGCUGCCCUGCUCACCAAGACCAACCGCAUCUACCGCAUCUUCGAGCAGGGCAAGAAGUCGGUGACCGCGCCCCGCUUCAUCAGCCCUGCCUCCCAGCUGGCCAUCACCUCCAGCCUGAUCUCCGUGCAGCUGCUGGGAGUCUGCAUCUGGUUCGGGGUGGACCCGCCCAACACCAUCGUGGACUACGACGAGCAGAAGACAGUGAACCCCCAGCGAGCGCGAGGUGUGCUGAAGUGUGACAUCACAGACCUGCAGAUCAUCUGCUCGCUGGGCUACAGCAUCCUGCUCAUGGUCACCUGCACCGUGUACGCCAUCAAGACCCGUGGCGUCCCCGAGAACUUCAACGAGGCCAAGCCCAUCGGCUUCACCAUGUACACCACCUGCAUCGUCUGGCUGGCCUUCAUCCCCAUCUUCUUCGGCACUGCGCAGUCCGCUGAGAAGCUCUACAUCCAGACCACGACUUUGACCAUCUCCAUGAACCUGAGUGCGUCGGUGGCACUGGGGCUGCUGUACAUGCCCAAGGUGUACGUCAUCAUCUUCCACCCCGAGCUGAACGUGCAGAAACGCAAGCGCAGCUUCAAGGCUGUGGUGACCGCCGCCACCAUGUCCUCGCGACUGUCCCACAAACCCAGCGACCGGCCCAACGGCGAGGCCAAGACCGAGCUCUGCGAAAGCGUGGAUCCCAACAGUCCAUCUGUAAAGAAAAAUUAUGUGAGCUACAACAACCUGGUGAUCUAAACGGCUCCAUCAAUGCAGAUCUGGGAUCAGUGAGAAGCCAGGAGCAGACAGCUGAGGUGUCUCCAGCACAGCACUGCCCACUGACUCCAGAUCAGUGCGGGCCUCCUACUUUCCCAUAGGAGUGGGAAAACCCUCUCGCUCAGAGGAAGAAAAGAACAAUGUAAUAUUUAAAGAUCUCGAAAACAUGUUCCUAUUCUGUGACGAAAGAUGAAAUUCUUCCUUACUACUUUGUUGAAAGCAAGCAGAAGAACAGAAGAACAGCAGUAUGUGACGUAACAGCGCCCCCUCUUGAUUGAAGGACGCAGCAGGUUGGGGCCCUUGCUCUAAUUGGGGCAGAUCUCUGAGGACACGCCUCUGCCCACAGGCCACGCCCCCUUGUCACAUGACCUUUUCCAAAACUCCACAUCUCUGAGACCUGUUCAUUAAUUUAUGGCUCAAUGUGACAUACCUGAUAUUGUUUGUUGUAUUUUUAUUUUUUGUUUGUUUUCUUGAUUCUUGGAUGCACAAAUUAUUAAAGCCAUAUUCUUCUCUAUGAGAUGACUAUUUAUAUUAGUGUUAUAAUUUUUAAAAUUCUAAUAUACAUAGUUCCCAUUUUUUCUGUCAGUAACUAAAUGCACAAUGUACACUGGGAGCCCAGACAGAGAUGCCCUGCAGCUGCAUCUCCUAACCCACCUUUAAACUGGUCCUAAGGUUAAGUGUAAGUUUAAUUUUUCAAGUAAGUGUGGCAUUAAUUUCUGAGUGAGACUCAUGUACGUUUUCACCAUUUCUAGAAGUGUUCUGGUCAUUGGUUAGUUGUCAGGGACAUAAAAGAAAGAAAAAAAUGUUUCUGCUGUUGGGUAACUUCCAUUCAUCAUAUCGCACAGUGCUCACCGAGCAUUGGUCAGUGCAUGCCUGUUACGUUUGAUGUGAAGAAAAUGAAAUAUAUUUUACUGCUAUUUUACGUUUUAAUUUAUUAUCUUUGGUUUUACUUUUACUUAUGACAGAAUAUGGCUUUAAUUGGUCUGGGAGUUUAUUAUGGCCCUGCAACUAUGGAAGCAGAAAA